GUUAAACCAUUAAACACGUACACAUAGUUUCAAGCCGCUUGCCUGGACCACCUGAAGAAUGCUCAAGUUCGCCAACCGCGCUAACUCCGCUGGCGUUAGCCUGACAAGCCGUGGGAAAUCUGCACAGAUACGAAUUAACAGCUCCUUGCCCGGACCAUGCACUAUCGCCACGGAAGGGCCGGUGCGGGGACCGGGGACGUGUGUGUUUGAGGUGACCAUGCCCAAGAAGGGCGUGCGUACGGCUGUGGGGUUCAUGGAGACCCCGCGCCAGGAGUACAUGACGCCCGACUACCUGCGGGCAGGAUACGUGUCGUACGGCGGGGCAGGCUUCAUCUACCCUGCCAAAGCCAUGAGUCGGGCCAGCUACGGCGAGGGCGACACCAUCAGCUGCCAGCUGGACUUCGACGCGGGGCGGGUUACCUUCUUCGUGAACGGCCAGGAGGCGGGCGGCGCGCCGUGGCGGGGGGCGGCCGAAGCCUACCCGGCCGUGUCGGUGUUCCCGGGCGACCUGGUGUGUGAUGUGGUGCUCGAGUGAUUGAGGAGGCCGGGAGCGUGCGGAGUGUGCAGGGGGGUGAGCGUGUGUGAGGGGCGUGUUGUGAGAGGCUUGUGUGUUGCAUCUGUGAAAGGCGUGUGUGAGGCGUGUGUUUGGUGUGGGCCUGUUGGCAGGUAUGAGUGAAGAGUGUGCGAUCACAGAGAGCGUGUGAGCGAUACGGGUUGUGACUGAGCGCCUGCGUUUGGCGUGCGAGUGCCGAGAGCAAACGGGACAGGCGAUGGGGGGUGGAGUGCGACGGCGGGAUUCGCGCACGGGAGGAGGGUGUAAGCCGGAGGGGGGUGGGGAAGCGUGGCGUGCGCCCUGCUUGGAACUUGGCAGAGUAUGCGCGCCCCCAAGGCCAGGUGCAGGGAUGCGUCCAUGACAGCUGAGAUGCCCUGACCCCGAGGCCCUAGCCAGUAGCCAAGGUGGCUGGAUGAGAGUGACUGAGUGUGGUGUUGACUGUUUUGUGCUGUCGUGCCAAGCCUGUUCAGCUG